AUGGGGCUGUUAGAUGAAGACAUUGCCUUCCACUCCAACAUACCUGUGCCACUGGAUAUUACCGUGGCUGUGGUCUACUCUGUUUUUGGAGUAUGCUCACUGUUUGGCAACAGCACGUUGCUGUAUGUCUCCUACAAGAAAAAGCAUCUUCUGAAACCAGCCGAGUGCUUCAUCAUCAACCUAGCGGUUAGUGACUUGGGCCUGACUCUGUCCCUCUACCCCAUGGCGAUAACUUCAAGCUUCUACCACAGGUGGCUGUAUGGGAAAACAGUGUGCUCCAUGUACGCUUUUUGCGGCAUGUUGUUUGGCAUCUGCAGCCUGACCACUCUGACCCUGCUAAGCAUGGUGUGCUUUGUGAAAGUAUGUUAUCCGCUCUAUGGGAACAGGUUUAACUGCGUUCACGGCCGUCUGCUCAUCGCCUGUGCGUGGAUCUAUGCCUUGCUGUUUGCCUGCUCCCCGCUGGCCCACUGGGGGAAAUAUGGGCCAGAGCCUUAUGGCACUGCCUGUUGCAUUGACUGGCGCCUGUCCAAUCAGCACUCUACAGCACGCUCCUACACUGUGGCACUGUUCAUCUUCUGCUACAUCCUUCCAUGCUGUGUUAUUACAGCAUCCUACAUGGGCAUUCUGGUCACCGUGCAAGCAUCCCGCAAGAAUAUGGAGCAGCAUGCAUCGAGGCAGACACACAUGAGCAGCAUCCAAAGAAUUAUUGUUAAGCUAAGUGUUGCCGUCUGCAUCGGUUUCUUCGCGGCAUGGAGUCCAUAUGCUGUGGUGUCCAUGUGGGCUGCCUUUGGACACAUUGAGAACAUCCCUCCUCUGGCAUUUGCCUUGCCAGCCAUGUUUGCCAAGUCUUCCACCAUCUACAACCCAAUCAUCUACUUAAUGCUGAGGCCGAACAUCCGCAGGAUGAUGCGCAGGGACCUUGGCGCUCUAUGCCACACCUGUCUGAGGGGUUGCCUCUGGUCCCAGGGGCCAGCUAAGUGCUGCUCCAAGCCAGAGAUCAGGGUCAGACUUCACUCAGUCCACAGACACAACAACCAGUUCCCUUCAUCCAACUCCUCUGCUCAACCUCCGGUGGCAGCAUCAAAGGACCACAGCUGUGAGAAGUGCAAGGAUGCUUUUGACUGCUUCAGACACUACCCUCAGAUGUGCAGCAUCAUUAACCCUGCUAUCAAUGGAGACUCAUCCAAGGAUCAAGGCACUCCAGUUCCCCAAACAUAUAAGCAGAAGCCUCAGAGCGUGUGCCACAAGAAGUCUCUACUGGCUAUCAUGUGUGCAAAAAGGACAUCAGAAAUAGACAAUUUCCAUAUUAAUUUGGAAAUGGUUCCAGGGCAUGCAAAAGUGGCUUGGCCCUGAUAUUUCUCCAAAUUCACAAUGUUUACACAAUAUCUCUGGACAUAUUUUGCAGAUUAUGUUCUUUCACACGUGGAAUUACUUAAUUUGUAUUUUCAGGAAAUCUGUUUCAGCAAUGUACCACGAAGCUCCUUUGGUAUCUGCGCUGAGGCCAUGUACCUUAUUUAUCCUUUGUUGCCUACUGUGCUUUUAGUUGGCACAACUGACACAAAUGACAGAAUAAAUUUUAGGUUUAAUGCAGACACAGUUUGCAGCCCUUAAACAAUAUAAUUAUGAUGCUCUGGUGAUAUUUACAGUUGAGAGUUAGCAGUUAACUAGCUUCUAAAUUAUUGUGUCAGGGCUACGUGGCUGAGGAUGGAUAGGUUUAGGAGUUUUCCACCUAUUUAUCUCCUGAUCAAGUUUGUCAAAAAGUGCAACUCUUUGAGCUCUUGUUCACAUUCAGAUACCUGCUCUGAGUAGGGCUGCAACUAACGAUUAUUUUC